CUAGUGAUAGACGAUACUGACAUUAGCAUUGUUCUCUGUCACUUUCUUCGGAUCUGAAAUUUUUGUGGAUUUUUUCCCCUCGUCACGUGACAGUUCCAGCCAAUAGCUGGUGUCUUCUGUAGGCAACUUGUAGUGCUUGAUGCUGUUUUGUGGGUAGUUCUUGUAUUCUUGGAUUUUACCAUGGAUCCUGUGAUGCCAUCGGUGGUUUUUGAAUUGAAUGAUAGUUUUCGCGACGACAUAAUGGACAGCAAGGACAACAGCCCGCCGUGUCUCGAACCCGUGACCACAGACGAGGACGACCUCCACGACAUGCCGACACUGGAUGUACAAACUAACCUUGACCUCGCGGAUCACUUACACGACCCGGAAGGUCCUGUUCCAAUGUCCGGGGCAGAGAUGAGCCCAGGUGUGGUCAAACAUGCCAAACACCAGGAGUGUAUGUCAUGCAAGAAACCAAUCACUGACAGGUUUUUUCUAAAGGCCAUGGACCAGUACUGGCAUGAAGAUUGCCUCAAGUGCUCAUGCUGUGACUGCAGGCUGGGGGAGGUGGGCUCCACACUCUUCAACAAGGCAAAUCUCCUUUUAUGUCGGAGGGAUUAUCUGAGGUUAUUUGGCACCACAGGCUACUGUGCAGCCUGUAAGAAAAUGAUCCCAGCAUUUGAGAUGGUGAUGAGGGCCAAAAACAACGUCUACCACUUAGAGUGUUUUGCCUGCCAACAGUGUAUGCACAGGUUUUGUGUUGGAGACAGGUUCUACUUGGCCGACAACAAAAUCUUGUGUGAAUUUGACUAUGAAGAACGCAUGAUGUUUGCAAACCUAGGCAGCAACAUGAGCCACUCCGGCAUACCAAACGGACUUUCAAACGGCUGCAACGGACCAAACGGUGCACCUGGAGGCGGAGGUGGGAACGUGGGGGGUGGGGGCAUGGGACAUUACGGGUACAGCGGCUACAACGCCCUGACCCAGAUUAAACGACAAACACAGAGCUUAAGUGAUGACGUGUCCAGCGGAUAUGGGAGUCCGUCCCCGAGCUCGUUAUGACAAUCCGUUCAUUCGUCCAUUGUUAAGUAAGGGGGAAAAAAACAUUGGGGGUACAUAAAGCAUUAGGGCAAAAAGUGUAAGGAACUAUGAAAAAAUAAUUUUUUGACUGACUAGUCAAGCACUUAACUCAGCACUAUAAAAGUGUUUUAAAACCCUUUGUAUUCUAUCAAGUUUUGCUAUUUAUUUUGUCCUUACAUUUUUUUUCUAUAUAUAUAUUCUGGUUAAAGGCAACAUUAAUGAGGGUUUGUUUGAGAGACUCAAUAAAGUCAAUAAUGACAUUAAAAAAAAAUACAUGUAUUGCUUUUAAAAUUUGAAUUCAAUAUAAGUGAUUUCAAAUGUUCUUAACUUCACUUUAAUUUUUUAAUUUGCAUUUGAAAUUAAUGUUAUUGUUAAGAUGGUUUUGGAAAACUGUAUGUAUUAAAUUUUUUGUUUUUAAAAUACAUUGUGUGUUUAUGCUGUAAAGUAUUGUGCUCACAAAAUAAACAGUGUGUGAAAUGGGUGUGUCAGUUUCAUGCGUAACAGAUUUUGCGUUUGUGAUUCGUCUUACGAUAUCAUCCGCAGUGAUUCGUCUUACAAUAUCAUCCGCAGUGAUACAAUUGUAAUACAAAAUGUAGAGCUCUCUGUAGUACAAAUGUAAUACAAAUUGUAGUGUCCACAUGAUACGAGGUCUAUGUGAUACGUAAGUCAGGAUUAAUGUCAGCUGUUGCACUAAUUUCCUGUCACAAGAUGUUUACAUUAGUAAACAUGAUGUGAAACAUCACAACAAUGUCAGAGAGAACUUUUAUUUUCCUUGAAACUUUCCUGAUGUUUGUAUCAACAUUGGCUUGGAAUGUGGGAGUGAAAAAACUCUGCCUUAAUCAAUUUGAUUUCAGUAUUCUUUUAGACAUUCAUAAGUUGCAAGCCAACUGUUCAUGUUCAGAUUUAAUUAAGAUUAUUUAUGUAGAAAUACUGCUUGUAUUUGCCACAAAUUAGUAAUUGAAUUAAAUAGAAAUAGUUAUCGGAUUAAAGGCUCAUGUUUAGCUCUUAAUCAGUUCAUUUAUAAAAAAAAUACUGGUUUUAUUUGCCAUAUAUGAUAAACACUAGUAAACAUAGAAACAGUUUUAUUCAUCCUGCUAGUUUUGUUGUUUGCAAAUUUCUCUUUGUGUGAUCUACUUUCAAGGCUUACAGACUUUACUUUAUAAUGCUCCUUAGGACAACAUACCAUGCAGUGUUACAUCUCCUAAUCACAUGUACGCCUGCUCUUCAGAAACCUGAGUGAAACCCUAUCAAAUGUCUCUACAUUACUUUAUCUAAAAAGUUCUUUAAAAAAAAACUCACUAAUUAAAAUAUGCUAUGUUGUCUUGAAAGCCACUAACCUCAAAAAAAAAAAAAAAUUCAAAGGGCUUGAAGUUUACUGCAGAUGUGUUCAAUACCUAAAGAGAACUAGUGCAUUGUUGUUGUUGUGUUACACUCCCUUUGUAUUUGAAGAAAGCUCACCUAUUUUCAUGUGUUGACAUUGUCUAGAUUUAAUGAUGUGAAAAAUUGCUACACAUUCAGUUGAAUAAUCUCUCUAAACCUAUUAAUAGGUAUGUAUUCAUACAUUUUAACUUUAGUAAUAAAGUAGAUGUUUUAAAAACUAAACUCAAUACGGUUUACUAAAAGAAUACACCCACUCAAUAAUUUAGUGGUUUUAAUUCAUAAGUCACAAAGGAAUUAUUUCCUCUUUAAAAAGAUGUAAACCUAAUAGAUUUCUAUGUACAGUUAAUACUGAAGCAGGCCAUAGCCAUAGUUUUAUGAAUCUUCUGGAUAAAUUAGCUUUACAAUAAAUUUCUUUAGUCUGCACCAAAUUCUUUUAAAAUAUAAAGUGUGAUAGAGAAAUUGUAUGUUUUGGAAUAAUGCACUGUAAGUUUAUAUGCUAUAAACUGCUAGUCAUAUAGCCAUUGCUCAUAGAAGUGUAUUAUUAUUUUUCCCCCAAUUGCUACCCGGUUCUUGAAGCUUAUAAUAAUUUUCAAAUGUUUUUUGCUUGUGAUUUGUGAUAUUAACUAAUGCAUCAUUGACAGUCAAUGUGAGAUGGGCCAAACAUCCUAUUGUGUGGUCAGAAAACUAGUCAUGUUGAUGUGUAGGGAAUCUAAAAUAUCUAAGUCAUUGAACUCGGUCUGAAUGAUGUGAAAAAAAGAUUGAAAAAAACGCAUGUAAAAUUUAGAGUCCUAUUAUCUGAUGGUAUAUGCAGCCUUCACAAAUAAAUUUUAAAAAUGUAAUUUCUAGUGUGAUUUGAGAUGUAUAUAUUUCAUGCUUUAAAUUUUUUUCUUCUACUGUCUCUUAUUGUUCUUGUUUUUGUUUUUUUUAUAUUUUGUAUAAUAUAUCUUAAGAGUUGUAGGCCUAAGUUUAUAUUUUAUUAAAAUGAUAAUAAAAUUGUUUUUUUUUUGUUUUUCAUAAAUUAUUUUAUUCACUUUAAAUAUUUUACUGUUCACAAUAUGAUAAUAAAUGAAUGUGGUUAAAAUGUUCAUUAUUGCUAGUACAAAUUUUGAACAGACUGUAUAAAUAGAUUUAUUUCCAAUGUAAAUAAUAAAUAUAAUAAGUGUAAGUUUGUGGUUGAUUUUUUGGUUAUUGGUUUUGAAAUAUUUUUUUCUUUAAAUUAAUUAUUUUAACAUAUUUUAGUUUUUAACCUGCUAGUCACGGAUCAAGAAAUUCCAAGAAUAUUUGUUUUGUUAUUUUACAUAAACACUGAGUUACGUUUUUUAAACAAUUUUAGUUAGGGAAAGAAAAUUCAUUCAUUUAAAUUUGAAUAUAGUUCCCUGAAUUUUAGUUGCUUUACAGAAAAGUAAAAGUGAAAAAAAACUUAUAAUCUUUUAUAAACAUUUGAAUUUCAAUAUGCAGCUUUAAUGAAUAAUUUUUUGUUACAAUUUAAUUUUGUAAUUUUUCCUUUUGUAAGUUUUUAGAAUCUAGUAUUCCUUUAGCAAACAUCUUUCAAUAUUCUAACCCACAUCUUGGAUAGAUAAUUCUCAGUUGUUUAGUAUUGAAGGAACAUACAUCAUAUUCUCCAUUGAGGACCAUGUCUAAACCGGGGAUUCUUAGCCAGGGUUCUAUUGAGCCCCAGGGGCUUGGAGAGUCAGUCUCAGGGGUUUGGUGGAUGCCAAGACACACCCACUCAGAUAAUUCACAAUCUGAUUUAGUCAAUGUGGAUGAUAGAAACAUUAACAAGGGUUAUUAAUUAUGAAACUGGUGGGGUUCAGUACCUCCAAACAAGUUUAGAACCACUGAGGCAGACACUGGUUGAACUAUAUAUUUCUAUAUGGGAGCAGUAGAUGUGAUUCAGUAGGGUACAGACCUCCCCCCUGUAAGAUAAUCUUCAAGUAUAAUUUUAACACUUAAUCUUUCAAGAUGAAAGUUAUUGUAAGAUAAUAAAUUUCCUAUUAACACUUAGACAGGCCACAUUUCUAUACUUUAACAGUAAAUGUUAUAAUUUUUGUAAACACUAAAGAGAGACGCAGAUUUUUUAAAAUUAUUUCAUUUUGUCGUUUCAUUUUGUUUGUUGAACCAUUUUCAAACUAAGCAUUCCUUAGUGAAAAAAAAAUUGCUUUAAUUUUAGUAAAUUUUACUUGUCAAAUAAACAUUAGUAAUUUCUGUAUAGCUUGUGCUAAUUAGUUUUUUUUCUGUUCUAAAACAAUGUGAAUUUAUACUCAUGGUUGCCAAUAGUUUUUGUGUAUGCCAAUUUUUGUAUGACUUCUAAUUCAUGGUCUGAGUGAGCUAGGUUGAUUUUUCUUAUAAUUGUUCUGUCUGUUUUUCAUUCAUUUUCCAUUCUAUGCCAUUCAGUAUGAUAAACAUUGUACAGUGGUUUUGAAAUUAAAAACUCAAAAU